AUGGCUACUCCUGCUGAAAUCAUCGCUGCCCGUAUCAACGGCAUUGACUUGUCGCAGCAAAACGACGCGCCCAAGCCAGUGCUGCUGACUGUGUCCGAAACCAAGGCUCCAAAGGUUCGUUCCAUUAACGACGAGAACGCCUUCCCUGUUUUGGGUGGUAGCGCUAAGCCUGCCAAUGGCCACUCUUCUUCUUCAUCGUGGGGUCCUAACCUGAACGGUUCGUCUCCUGUGCCCUCUGCGUCUGCAUUCAGAAGCACUGGUCAGAGCGCCAAAUUGAAGACCUCUACUGUGCAAGAGGCCUUCUCUUUGGGUGCUGAGGAUCAGCUCAACGUUGCCAGACCAGAGUUUGUGAAAAUUUUGACCUCGAUUAAGGCCACCACCGGUGCUGGUAUCGAAUGUACCUCGUCUCAACAUACCAAGAAGAGAACGUUUUUGAUUAGUGGUAAGCCCGAGCAAGUCAAGCAGGCCAAGAGAUUGGUCAUCAAAAAGUUGUCCAAGCCCAUUGUUACCUCGUUUGCCAUCCCUGCCAAGGUCAGAUCCAAGGUCAUUGGUGCUCAGGGUCGUAACUUGAAGCCUAUCAUUCAGCAAACAGAGGUCAAGAUCGAGAUCGGCAAUUCCGACAGAUCUGUCAGCCCUGAUGCCGAUGACGACGAUGAUCUCUUCUCGCAAACUGUCAACGUUGCUCUUGAGGGUGACGCUGAGAGCUGUAAGUUGGCCAAGAGUCUUAUCAUGGCCAUUGUUAGAGAGGAAACCAAGAAUGCUCAAACUAAGAUUGUAGUCAGCGCCAACGUUAAGCCUUUUGUUACUUCCAUUGCAAACUCUAUUGCCGCCAAGUACUCUGGUAUUGACAUCACUGUUCCUCCCUUCAACUCGGCCUCGAACUCAGUUAUCAUUCUGGGUGAGAGAGAGGCUCUUCUUUCUGCUAGAGAGGAUCUCAACCAAGCUCUUACCGCUUUGGAAGGCAACUUGGUCACUGAGUCUGUUAACAUUCCAAAGGUCAAGCACCAAUUCUUGCCUGUUGAGCAGAUCUUGGAAGAGGACAAUGUCUACAUCAAGAUUCCUGCUGAUGGCGAGGGUGAAGUCCAAUUUAUUGGUGACAGACUGAAGCUUGCCUCCGCCAAGGAGAAGGCUAGAUUGACCACUUCUCAAUACAAGGUUGAGUCUUUGGAAAUGUCUAAGGCCCAUAAGGGUAACUUGGCCCACGUUCGUGCUGUUGCCAGCAUGUUGAACAAGUACGGUGUCUUUGACAGAAUUGCAUCUGAGAAUGGCGUCAAGAUCAACGCACCUUCUGACUCCGCCUUGUGCGUUGAAGGUAACACUCUGAUCCCAGUUGAUAUCGUUGUCAAGGCUGAUGAGGCCGAGGCCAUUAAGAACUCUCGUCGUGCCGUCGUGUCUGCUGUCAAUGCUAUCUCUCCUUCUUCCACAAAGGUCGUGGAAGACAUUGACUCUUUCUUCAUCAAAGCCGCCACCGAGGUUCUUGAUGCUUUCAGCGGCGUCAAGUAUGUCACUCUCAAUAACAGAAUCACUUUGUUCGAUGCAAGUGAAGCUGAGACUGGCGAUGACUUUGACGACUUUGUAGAGCUGUCUAGUGAUGUCUUGAUCGAGGCUGACAGAGCACUCAACCCAUUCCGUUCUUUGCAAGAAGGUUUGGUGUCUGAGGUUCUCCUGAUUCCAUCCGCAAACCAGAAGCAUCUUUCCGGCCCUAACGGCUCUACCCUCAAGGCUCUCUUGAACUCUGUUGAACACAACACUAUCAGCAUUAAGUUGCACUCCAACGGUACAGGCUCUUCUGCCGAUGAAGUCUACAUUAAGGGCUUCAAGGAUGAAGUUGCUAAAAUGAAGAAAGAAUUCGAAGAAAUCUUAGCCGAGGUAUCUGAAUUCAGCGCUACUGGUGGCUACACUACUACAGUGAAUGUUCCAGCUUUCGUUUUGGCCAGAAUCAUCGGUAAGGGAGGUGCUAACUUGAAAGCUAUUCAGGAUGAGUUUGGUGUGGAUCUCGAUGUCGCUGAUGAGAGCAAGGACUUGGACAAGACUGAUAAGCUGAUUACCUCUGAAAUCACUAUUAAGGGUCUUAAGAGAAACGCUCAGGCAGCUAAGGCCAAGUUGGCAGCUUCAGCUAAGAAGUUGGCAGAUGACACUCUUGUCAGAUUGAGAAUUGAGAGUCAAUACCAUAGAAGAAUCAUGGGACCUGCUUUCUCUUACGUGAACCGUUUGCGCGAGAAGUACAGCGUUAUAAUCAGAUUCCCUUCGGAGAAUGGUAGCAACUAUUCCGAUGCUCCUCAAAGUGCUAACGAAGUCGUCAUUCGUGGACUUUCUCGUAAUGUUGCUAAGGCACAAGAAGAAUUGAUGCAAUUGUACCAAUUUGAGAAGGAAAAUGGCUUCAAAGCUACUCUUCAAAUUCCAAAGGCCGCAAUCGGUAGAGUCAUUGGUAGAAACGGUGAGAACAUCAAGGACAUCUCCGAUGCCACCGGUGCUGAGCUUCUUUUCCGUGACAGAAAAGAAGAUGCUGAAUUUGCCGAGGUCGACAUCACUGGUUCUAAAGCAGGUUUGCAAGAUGCCACUCAAAGAGUCAAGAGCAUCAUCGAGGAGAUCGAAAACACAAUCAACACCACACUCAAGGUGAACCGUAAAUACAUUCGUGACAUCGUUGGUCAAAGUGGCUCGACCUUGAGAGCCAUGAUCACCAAUGCCGGUGGAGACCUGUUGCCCAGACAGCAAUACGCUAGAUUGGUUACUGUUCCUUCCAAUGGAUCAGACUCCGAUGAAAUCGUCUUCGAGGGUGACAAGACCAUUGUUGAAAAAUUGAUGAAGGAAAUCGAGGCUUUGGUUGCUGAGAAAGAGGCCGCUGUUACUGAAACUUACGAGUUGGCCAAGGAGAAGCAGAGACUCCUCGUUGGAAGCUUUGGUUCUGUCCGUCGCCAAUUGGAAGAAGAGUUUGGUGUCCAAUUGGUCAUUCCAAAGGCAGACGACAACUCUACCACAAUUAAAUUGAUCGGUUUACCAGAGAAGAUUGAAAAAUUGAAGGUUAAGAUUGAAGAGCUUACUAAAGACAACUGGAACAUGAGCAUCGACAUUCCUUUAUCAUACCAUGCCUUGGUCAGUGACAAGGGAUCUCUUUUCGCCUUGUUGAGACAAAACCACAAUGUCGAGGUCUCCCACGGAAACCUCAACAGAAAGGCCAACAAGGCUAUGGAUGCCAUUCCACCUGCUCCGCCCGCCGAGGCUCUUGGCGGCGAUGAAGCCACCAAAUUCACCACUGCCACUUUCGAGAUUACGAGCGACAACGAUGAUGUGAUUCCUUGGAGAUUGAUUGGUUCUGAUGAAGACACCAAGGCCGCCGCCAAGGUCAUUGAAAGUAGAUUGGAGCAAGCCAAAAACGCCACAACUGCUGCUUGGCUCUACUCUCUGACCCCAUCGGACCACUUCCCAAAGAUUGUGGGUGCCCGCGGAUCUAAGAUCAAGAAGAUCAGAGACAGCACCGGGUGUUUCAUUGUCGUCCCACGCGACUCUCACAAAUACCGCGACUAUGUGUACUUUGUUGGAUCUGAGGAGAGCUUGAACAAGGCUAGAGAUCAAAUCCAGAAGUUACUCUAA